CCCAAUCUCGUUCGCUCCCGAGUUCUAGAGGCGAAGUGGGGGCGCUUCAGAACGAAGAGGUCCGCUGUUGGAAUCGGAGGAGCCUCAGAGAAGGAAAUCGGGAGACGGGUUGACUCAAAUGUAGCACCGCCAUUUUGCAGAUUUCUUUACAGAGGCACUCUAUGUUCUUCUAGUUUUCUCAAUAGCUCAGUGAUUCUGCUCUACCGUGCACUUUUCUAGCUUGAAAAUCUGCAACAAAGCACAAAAGUUAAUAGAGUUCAUCUGGUUGUCCUGUAAAAGAGAAAUGGUACUGAUAGGGAUGAUGUAAACUGCUUCGAACCAAAUACUGUAACACCACCAGAGUUUAAGAAAAUUAUAUUCUUUCCACUUUACAAACAUCUGUUCCUCUACCGUGGUUGGACUGCUCUAGAGACUGCAGAGGGACUAGACUUUACAGGAAGGCUUUUGUUUGAAGGUAUGAUUUGAACUCAUGAAAAACAAUUAUGACUGUUUAACUGGCAAGGAAGGACCUUAUUGUUUCUACAUUUGACAUGGAUCAGAGUGCCAAUCCAUGCCAACAGUGCUGAACUGCACUGGGCUGGUGCUGGUAAGUGGCAUGCAUGCAUUUAUCGAGCAGGGUAUAACACCGUAUCAAACUGUACAUUGAACCAUGCCUGUCCUGUAAGGAUUAAUUCAGCUUGAUACUGCUCAGUUCUGAGCCAAAAGGGGUCGAGAUCCCCUUUUCUUCUGUUUUUUUAUCUGCAUUUAAAUGUGCCAGCAUGGCUGACCACAUGCUGUCCCUUCAACUGGAUGGCACCAUCCUUGCCACCAACACUUAAAUCCUUCAUUUCCAUCCUUCUGUUCUGGAAUUUUCUUUCCCCUCUAUAUAUCUUCCACAAAUAAUUCUAAUGUAUCUAAAUUUGUAUUUCUUCAUGUAGCUCUUCUAUUCUUAAAUUUUCCACCUUUCACAUAGAGCUUUUCUUGUUUAAGUUCUAGUUAUUUUUCUCUUGCUACAUUGUUAACUUUGAUUUUAUGCUUGCAUGCAUGCAUCAAUUGUUAGGUUGAUGUUUUUAACAUGCCGUGUUUUCCAAUUAUUUUUUCUUGUUCGUUAACUCUGUCUCUACAAGAUCUGUUUAUCCAGUGUCGGCACAGAAAUAUCAACCUGAUAUUUUUAACUUGUUAUUGGCGACAAUACUUUCUGCUUACCUACUUAUACAUGCCACUGAAUCUACUAAUCAGCUAAUUUCUAAAGGUUCUGAGUGCAUUGCAGGUAUAAGCAUUAUCAUCUCCCUGUGAUGCUUUUAGGCACCAUUUUGCUAUUGUUCUUGAUUAUUUUUUUAUUUAUUGAUGUUUCUCUAUGAAUUGCAGAACUAGGUUUACUCCAUAACAAGUGUUUUUCAGCCUUCGUAAAUUUCACGAAGUCUGAAGUUUGUGUCAAGUUUUAGAGGUGCUAAGCAAGGGAAUAAGACUAUUAGGAUAUGAAGAGGUCACUUCAACUGUCAGCCUAUUUAAUUGAAAGCUUUUAGCUGCACGCAGUUCAGCUAUCUGCGUAGACUGUGGGAAAUGCUUCUAUAUCUUUACUCUUGUUAUUUAAGGAAAAUUAUUUUUUAAGCGGUGUACUUUCAAAAGAGAGAUUAGUAUCAGAGGCCCCAAUCAAACCAGUGUCACAGAGGAAUUCUCCUGCUGAUUUACUUGUUUUCAUGUCCAUGUUCCAGAAUUUUGAUUCUGGACUCACCUAGGAAAUUGCUAAAGAUUCCUCCAGAAAGGACAAGACAUGACACAACGACACCAAGAUUUCAAAAUUCAGUUUUGGUUUCAAUCCGCCUGGUAGACUUUUAAAGUUUUAAUAUUGGUGGUUUUUGGACAAAAAAAUCAGAAAAAAUGAAAAAAAAAGAAAAUGAAAUAAAAUAAAUCAGGGCAAGUUACCUCACAUCAUUUCAUUGUGUUUUAAGUUAUCUUGGGUCAAUAUUUGUAUAGUUCGUUUAGUUUUAAGCUGAAAGUAAAUUGUGUUAAAGCUUAAAGUAUUAAGUAUUUCACAUUAGCAUGCUAAUCUAUUAAUGGCCUGCUUGGUGGUAUAAUUUUUAUAUUUUCGUUUCCCAAUAAAUUGAUGCAAUAUCACAUUGGAGAUUGUUGAUGGAGAUAACAUUUGCACUGAACUUUUGCUAUUCCUUGCUUUUAUUUUCACUUUUUCUGAAAGCAAUAAAUCUUUGCUGCCAAAAUCCUGAAAGGUUUGACAAACAAUUUACGAAACAAGAGGGUUUUAUCAUACAUAUUUGUUCAGUCUAGUUCAGUUUUCUUCUCGGACUUCUAACAAAAAAAAUCAGAAAAGAAAAGCAAUACCAAACAGGCUCUAAAAUACCAAGUGCCAUAUGUUAUUUGUAUAAUGAAUCCCAGCACCGAGAAACCUUAGAAUUCCUUUUGGUUUGUUUUAUUUUGCUCACUUUGGUUUUGUCAUAUGUUCAUUUUUGAAGUCAAGCAACUUCUGAUUUGUUGUAGAUAUCCAACGAUACUAUGACUCUGAAGGACAAUUCUUCGAGUGCUACAGAUGAAGCUUCUUCCGCAUCAGAAAAUGAGGUGACAUGGAAUCAGAAACUAGUAAAUUUGGCACAGCAAGCAUCGGUAUAUGGGGUAGCUGCUGGCUACUGCUUAUCGGCAUCACUCCUUUCCAUAAUCAACAAAUGGGCAGUCACAAAAUUUCCGUACCCAGGUGCUUUGACUGCCUUGCAAUAUUUCACCAGUGCAUUUGGAGUUCUAACAUGCGGAUGGCUGAAACUUGUGCACCACGACCCCCUUGACAUCAAGACCAUGUUGAAGUUCUUACCUGCUGCUAUCAUCUUCUACCUCUCUCUCUUCACAAAUAGUGAACUACUACUCCAUGCCAACGUGGAUACUUUCAUUGUGUUCCGUUCUGCUGUUCCAAUAUUUGUAGCCAUUGGAGAGACACUCUACCUGAAGCAGCCAUUGCCUUCGCUUCGGACAUGGAUUUCCCUUGCUACAAUCUUUGGAGGCAGUGUGAUCUAUGUCCUGACCGAUUACCAAUUCACUGUGACUGCGUAUAGUUGGGCUUUAGCCUAUCUUGCAAGCAUGUCGAUAGAUUUCGUAUAUAUUAAGCAUGUCGUCAUGACCAUAGGGAUUAACACAUGGGGCCUGGUGCUCUACAACAACCUGGAAGCACUGAUGCUGUUUCCCCUGGAGCUGCUUAUAAUGGGAGAGCUGAAGCAGAUAAAGCAUGAGAUCUCUGAUGAAUCUGACUGGUACUCCAUCAGCGUGGUUUUGCCUGUGGCUCUGUCAUGCUUGUUCGGUUUAUCCAUAUCCUUCUUUGGGUUCUCUUGCAGACGGGUAAUCUCAGCAACAGGCUUCACGGUGCUUGGAAUCGUGAACAAGCUUCUGACUGUUGUGAUAAAUUUGGUCAUAUGGGAUAAGCAUUCCACCCUGGUGGGAACAAUUGGUCUGUUAAUAUGCAUGUCUGGUGGCGUCCUCUACCAGCAGUCUACCACCAGGGCCAAGGCAACCAACAACGAAACCAAGGCCCCAGUUGAUGAUGAGGAGCAGCAGCAAUUGCUGGAAAUGCAAAAGAUGGAGACCGAUUCAACUGAAAAACAUGUUUCAGAAGACCCAAAAUGAGGCUUACCGUUAACUUUUUGGUAUUUGGAGGGCACUGUUCAUAGGAUGCACUUCCAAUACGGUGAAAAUCAUGAUAGGUAAAAGGUGGAAAUCCCAAAUUGUUUGGGGGAUACCAAUGUACGCAUACCCCCUUUAUUUGUUACAAGUGGUUCUUUUAGCAGACAAAGAUUAUUUCUUUCAAUUUUUCUCAUGAUUAUAUUAGACAGUGACUCUGUAUCAUUUUUUCCAAUAAAAAGCAAUUAUUCUGCUUACUAGAAACUAA